UUCACUGAUAGCAUUAUAGCAUCGAUAGCUAAGAGAAGUGCCUACCUCCUCCAGAGGAUAACAACAAGUCCCUCACCGGUGGGACACCUGUCAUCAUGGCUGUGUUCGGGUGUAAAUUGUGACAACUAAACGCUAAGAUGAUGAACGAUAUUAUAGAGGAACCGGAGAGGGACACCCUGCUGGAGGCGCAGCCGGAGCCACAAGUUUUGUCGGGGCCUAGCAGUGGCACAAGACCUAAGACUGCUGAUGGAGGUAUCAGGCCUGUGGAGAAAAGAGGACCUUACAUCAUGUCCAGAGCUCCAGCCAUCCACCUCAAACUACAGAAACACAGGGAGAUGGCAAGGAAAGCGCUGAAGAAGAAAGCCCUCUCACCAGGACCUCCGGUGAUGCAUCAGCCCAGACAAGGAGCGAAGAGGACGGUGAAGUAUAACAAGGGCUACGCUGCUUUGAGUCAGCAUGCUGAGGACACGUUGGUUGCACUGGAUUCAGACAGUGAUGAAGAGAUCGACUUUGAGCAGUAUUCCUCUGGAUACUCUUCAGCUGAGGUCCAUCCUGAUUUAAGCAGGCAGCUGCUUCAGGACGGCUACCGUCUGGAUGAGAUCCCUGACGACGAGGACCUGGACCUGAUUCCGCCCAAAGCCAUGGGGACCUCUGUGUGCUGCUGCUCCGAGGGCCCGUCUUGCUCCAUGCAGUGAUGCUAGUGCCGUGACUGAAACCUUACAAAGGGUUGGCUCCAGUUCCAGUUGCUGACUUUUGUCACUGGUGCCUGUGGCCUUCUUUCUAACCCAGCUCCACGGCUACGCUGCCUGAGUACUUCCAGCCCAGAAGCCAAACUCCUGUUCAUGCAGGACUUUGUGCACCGAGGUCACUCAACCCUCAGCAAAACGCGGAUGGACGUAAGAACAAGCCUUAUCCACUGUGACCCCAAAGCUAUUUUUUUAUUUUUCUUUUUAUAGAACUACAGGAAAUUCUAACUAUGCCACUGCUUCAAAUUGAGUGGGAGGGUAAUUCAUCACAUGGGCUAUGUCCUUGUUGACCCAGUGGAGAGCUCGUUACUGUCUUUUCCUGUCUGGUCAGCACGUCUUCAGGCCUUUAAGCACGACAUGCAUACAAGUAUUGUGUAUUGUGUUUUAAUGUUCCAGUCCUUUGGUGAAUUUGAUUUCUUUACUUUUUUUACACCUAUUAACUAACUGCUAUAUGAAGGCACCUCACUUUUACAUUCCCUGACUACUGUUGCAUUAACUGGUUGUUUUUUUUGUUUGUUUUUUUUGUUUGUUUGUUUGUUUGUUUUUGUUUUUUUUAUUCCGAACUGACAUGGCCACCACUUGGGGAAAAUAUGAAAAUAUUAUUAUUAUUAUUUUUGUUAUUAUUUGAACAAAAAAUACAAAGAAUAUGUUUUUCAAAAUUAAGCCGAGCACUGAAUUGAAAUAUGAUGUGUAGUUUUGCAAGUGAAACCAGUCAAUUUCUUUAUGUCUGUAAAAUGCUAAUUAUUUUUUCAGCAAGUGCUGCUAUCUGAGAAACCUUAAAACAAGUACAGAAGAUAAUCCAGGGCGAGGAUUAUUUUCUGCUGGUUCCAUGUGUUCUGCACUGUAUCUGAGAAUACAAAGAACACAUUACACGUUGACAUUGAGCAAACUGCUACAUACCAAGAACAACUUUUUCAUCCACGGCCUACAGAAAAAUUGUCUUACAACAUUAGAUAGAGUAAUACCUACAGUUAACAAAUGUUACACAUCUAUAUAUGGCACAAAAUGUGAGCAGAUGAGUUACAUAAGUGCUUUGAUAGAUUCACUGAUAUUUGAUUAGACUUGACUUCACAGUCUCUGUACUUGGACACAAGUUUUGUUCCAGAAACCAAUAUCUGCCGCUUAAAAAAAAGUCUGCUACAAAAGAUUGUAGGUAAGUAUAUUACCAACACAGUGUAUAAUGGAUUCCCAUACAAGCCAUUUGUUUGUGGUUAGAUAUGUACAUGUCUAAACUGUCUUUUUUUUAAAAAUUGAUAUGCUUUAAAAACAAUUUGCCAUGCACAGAAAUAAUUCAAAAACAGGUUACUUUUUUUUUUUUUUGCCAAAAUUGAUAUGUAGCAUUUUGCAUUAAAACUCUAUCUAGGAUCUGAUGUAACUCUUAAAAAGGAUGUGUCAUCUUUGAUACAUCAGUACUUGUGGGUGGCAGAUCAGAGUUGCAUUAUUAUAUUUAUUUAUUCUUUUUUAAAUAUUUGUGGGGAACACUAAAAAUAGUGGGUUAAAAACAGUAAAUUAGAUUUGCAUCAGACUUGGUAAAUAUUUACCUCUGUUAGCUGUUAGGCUUUUGAGAUGUAAAACUAUUUACACACGUCAGUUCAUAUUCCUUUCUGUUUGUGUUUUAUGUGUUUGUUUUUGUUUCUUUCACAACAGACACACUGAUGUGCUGAAAAUGGCUUUCUUUAAUAUAUAAUUUUUUUUUCAUUUAAAGUAUCUGUUCACUCAUGUUACAGUCCUUGUCAUAUUUUACUAUUAGUUACUGUUGUUUUGAAACUGUGCAUUAACAAGAAAUGUUCAAUAUCAGAGCAAGUGACAGCGAUCACUUUCUCAGGAGAACUGUUUUGUGUUUGUGUGUGCAACUAGAAAGUAAUUUGCCUUUCACAUACAUAAAAUAAAAACAGUUUGAAAAUUGCACAACUGUUUAAGUGCAUAGAGGUUUUAAGUCAGGAUAAAUGUGUGGCCACUGUUUCACUUUACUAGUAGACCACACUAUUUCUUAUGCUUUGAUAUUGGUUGUUACAAGGUGAAACUCACAGUCAUAUAAAUAAAUACUGUAGCAGACCACUUGACCACCAGAAAGAGGCUAAGGACUGGAAAGAGUAUAACGUUUUGAGCUAGCAAAAGAAGGAACCUUGAUUUUUACUCUACACAGCUGGGAUCAGUUCACAAAUUCAAAAGUGGAUUUUGUUAAAACCUUUGCAAUGAAAGCACUAGGUGUUGAAAACAUCACAUUGUUAAUAUGAGCAAUGUACACUAUCUCCUCCCAGCACUCCAUGGUUGUAAUGUGGGCGAUUUAGGAAUAAAAGCUGAUUCUAGUCUUACACUAAGUGUGAGCCAUUCGAUACAGUUGUCAGCUAAAUGCUUUAAAUGUAACAGCAGAAUUUAAAGUGUAUGGCCCUGGAUCUGCAUGAUGUUUUUAUGUACAUAAGUAUUGCACUUAACACCAGUGGUCAGUAGCAAGUACACUUGACUCAACUGUACUAUGCAACUAUUGGGACAAUCUGCUUGUUAUACAAAAAUAUGACAAUAUAGUGUUAUUGAGUGCUAAAUGCAAUAACUCAAUUGUUAUUUUAUGAUGGUAAACACUAAUCUUUUUUAUUUGAUUGUACUGUGUAUUGGUUUACAUUAUCAAAUAAAACUCAGUUAUCUAUG